AUGUCAAAGUUAAGCACCAUCCCAGACUUCACAAAUUACCAAUUUCCAAUUGGCCUGAGUCACCAAUCAUUGGAUCAGCACAUAGUAAACAAUGAAGGAUAUUCCGCUUUAUUGGCAUAUGUUUAUAGCUAUUCCUUUCAAAAGAACAAACAUAAAACAGUCACCUACAAAGUGUUAAAUUGUUUUUUUGGAUACAGUCCACAAUACACCUCCGCUCUUGUGACACGACUCGCUAACAAACAAGUUGAACCCGUUUCGGAAGUUUUUCGAUGGAAGUAUCCCCUUCCUGGUGAUGGCGACUUUUCGUAUGUGUGUUGUAACGAAAAAGAUACUGAAGAUGUCAAUGUGAGCGAUUGGGUGUUGAUGACUAAUAUGCACCCCACAAAGAGUUACGAUGGGCGAUAUAUCCUUCGCAUGACUUCUUCGUCUCUCAUCAAAAAACUGCCAUCAAGGCAUCCAGCAAUAAUCGAUCGGAUAUGUUUUCUCGCAAAAAACCUUCCCAAAGAUGUCGUCGUCUCCUUUGUGGAACGUUCAAAGAGACUAUAUCCAUUUGAUGAAGAGGUUGAGGAGUGUAUAACACGACUUAAUACAAUGAUUGAUAACAAAAACAUUCGAAGUGCAAAAACAAUACAACACUGGGAAUGUAAUCACAAAAUUAACCAAAAGAUCGAGAUGGAGUCGACCACUGGAGAUGCAGACCAAAAGCGCAUUGAUUUGAAUUCUAAAACAAAAGAGAGUGAUUCAAAAAAUGAUGGGCCACAAGUAGACUCUAAUAUAUUAUUAGAAGAGGAGCCGUCACCUUGGUUUUCUGCAUUCCAAACACAAGCCGAGCCAAGAACAAUCAUGACCCCUUUUAUGGAUGUGGUGUAUGCGUCCCAACCUAUUAUCACGAUAUCUAACUUUCUCGCAUUUAACAAAAAUGACAUUAGGCGGUUGCAUGUUAUCAAGUUGAAGGGGAUCUUUGUCUGCUUUUAUCCACAAAAUGUUGAAUCAGUGAUAACAUACCAGUGCGGAUGCCUUUUCCAGAAAAAAAGCAAAUACGACGUUGUUUGUAACGUUUGCAGACAGCGCGUUUCACUCCAUAUGGCGUUGCAGAUAAACGUUAAAGAUGUCGAAACCAGCCAGACCAUGAUCGUCGAAGUGACACAUGAAACACUUUCGUCAUUCACAUGGUAUUCGCACGAUCCGCUCUCUAUGGUUGUAAAAAUGUAUCAAUCCUUUGCUGUCCCAACUCCUCUCAUUCUUUACACGCGAGUGUUUCUCGACGAAAUCACUGGACUUGUUCAUUUGUAUAUUUGA